GGGGCGAAGGGAGACACAUUCCUAUAGUAACCGGGAUGGCGCGAUGCAGCUCCAGCUGGUUGCUAAGAGGGUUAAACUGUAUCCAAACAGCUUUGGGGAAAUCCAGCCCCUUCUCCUGCCACAUGGAUCGACUCAUUGGGUGGGAGCGGCGGAGAGACAAGGGUCUCCAGCAAAUCAGCGCCUAAUUGAUUAAGCUGAUGUUUGAGCCAGCAUGUCGCGGAGGAAGCAGGCGAAGCCUCAGCAUUUCCAAUCCGAUCCCGAUCUGGCCUUGUUAUCCCAGCGAAAUGGAGACACAGAAAAGGGUCAAGCAAAUCGAACCACUAAGAACAAGGACGCCCAUGUCUGUGGCAGGUGCUGUGCUGAGUUCUUUGAAUUAUCAGAUCUCCUGCAACACAAGAAGAAUUGUACUAAAAAUCAAUUAGUUUUAAUUGUGAAUGAAAAUCCAGCUUCUCCUUCUGAAACCUUCCCUCCUAGUUCCCCUUCUGAUAAUCCUGAUGAACAGAUGAAUGACACAGUUAAUAACACAGAUCAAGUAGACUGCAGUGACCUUUCAGAGCAUAACAAACUUGACAGGGAAGAAUCCAUGGAUGUGGAGGCUUCCAGCAUUAACAAUAGCAGUAGCAGUUCCAAGAGUGUCAACAAUAGUAUUACAAGCAGUAACAGCUCCACAAUGGGUACCUCAGCUGUAACAACCUCUCUACCUCACAUAGGGGAUCUGACAACACUAGGCAACUUUUCAGUGAUAAACAGUAAUGUAAUAAUUGAAAACCUGCAGAGUACAAAAGUGGCAGUAGCACAGUUCUCACAGGAGGCGAGAUGUAACGGGGCAUCAAGCACUAAACUCGCUGUCCCUGCCCUGAUGGAGCAACUGUUGGCAUUGCAGCAGCAGCAGAUCCAUCAGUUGCAACUGAUUGAACAAAUUCGUCACCAAAUAUUAUUACUGGCUACCCAAAAUACAGACAUGCCAACAUCUUCUAGCCCUUCUCAAGGUACUUUACGAACAUCUGCCAACCCCUUGUCCACAUUAAGUUCCCAUUUAUCCCAGCAGCUGGCUGCAGCAGCUGGAUUAGCACAAAGCCUUGCUAGUCAAUCUGCCAGCAUCAGUGGUGUGAAACAGCUACCCCCUAUACAGCUACCUCAGAGCAACCCUGGCAACACUCUAAUUCCAUCCAAUAGUGGCUCUUCUCCAAAUAUUAACAUAUUGGCAGCAGCAGUUACAACACCGUCCUCAGAAAAAGUGGCUUCAACUAUUGGUGGCUCACAGCUCAACAACCCACCAGUAUCAGCAUCAUCUUCACCAGCUUUUGCAAUAAGCAGUUUAUUAAGUUCUGCAUCUAAUCCACUUCUACCUCAGCCCACCCCUAGUAACUCUGUUUUCUCCAGUCCCUUGUCCAAUAUUGGAACACCUGCAGAGGAUUUAAACUCCUUGACUGCCUUGGCACAGCAAAGAAAAAGCAAGCCACCAAAUGUAACUGCAUUUGAAGCAAAAAGUAAUUCAGAUGAGGCAUUCUUUAAGCAUAAGUGCAGGUUCUGUGCUAAAGUGUUUGGGAGUGACAGUGCCUUGCAGAUUCAUUUGCGUUCUCACACUGGCGAGAGGCCAUUUAAAUGCAACAUAUGUGGAAACAGGUUCUCCACAAAGGGAAACUUAAAAGUCCACUUUCAGCGUCACAAAGAAAAAUACCCUCAUAUUCAAAUGAAUCCGUACCCAGUGCCAGAGCAUUUGGACAAUAUUCCUACAAGCACGGGUAUUCCUUAUGGGAUGUCUAUACCACCAGAGAAACCUGUCACGAGCUGGCUGGACAGCAAGCCAGUCCUCUCCACUUUGACAACUUCUGUUGGCCUGCCACUCCCACCAACGAUUCCAAGCUUGGCCCCAUUCAUCAAAACUGAGGAGCCUCAGCCGAUUCCCAUUAGCCAUCCUUCUGCUAGCCCUCCCUGCUCUGUCAAGAGUGACUCGGGAACAGCUGAUCCCACAUCAAAAAUUUCGAAUGGACUUUCUGAUGAGGUAGAGGCUGGUGUGUUGCCUACCUCGAAUGGCAAAACAGAAGAAAACCCUCAAAACACAAGCACCAUCACUAACAUGAGCAGCUCUGUGAGCUCCCCGGCAGCAGACUCGGGCUCCAGCAGUGUCGCCACUUUUACAAAUCCGCUGAUGCCUCUUAUGUCAGAGCAAUUUAAGGCAAAGUUUCCAUUUGGAGGACUGUUGGAUUCAACGCCAGCAUCUGAAACAUCAAAAUUGCAGCAACUUGUAGAAAACAUUGACAAAAAGGCAACUGAUCCUAACGAGUGCAUCAUUUGCCACCGAGUUCUCAGCUGCCAGAGUGCACUGAAAAUGCAUUAUCGCACCCAUACUGGAGAAAGGCCAUUCAAAUGUAAAAUCUGUGGUCGUGCUUUCACUACUAAGGGCAACUUAAAGACUCACUACAGUGUCCACCGUGCCAUGCCCCCGCUGAGAGUGCAACACUCUUGCCCGAUCUGCCAGAAAAAAUUCACCAAUGCCGUUGUGCUACAGCAGCAUAUCCGAAUGCACAUGGGAGGGCAGAUCCCCAACACCCCGGUGACAGAAAACUAUCCUGAGUCAAUGGAAUCAGAUACGGGAUCUUUUGAUGAUAAGAAUUUUGAUGAUAUAGACAACUUCUCAGACGAGAAUAUGGAAGACUGUCCUGACAGCAGCGUGCCAGAUACACCUAAAUCUGUGGAUGCAUCCCAAGACAGCUUGUCUUCUUCCCCUCUGCCCCUGGAAAUGUCAAGUAUUGCUGCUUUGGAAAAUCAGAUGAAGAUGAUCAAUGCUGGCCUUGCUGAACAACUUCAGGCAAGCCUAAAGUCAGUUGAAAAUGGGUCAGUGGAAGGGGAUGUUUUGACUAACGAUUCGUCAUCUGUCGGUGGUGAUAUGGAAAGCCAAAGUGCUGGAAGCCCUGCUGUCUCAGAGUCUACCUCUUCCAUGCAGGCCUUGUCCCCAUCCAACAGCACUAAUGAUUACCACAAGUCACCAAGUAUUGAAGAGAAACCAUUAAGAGCUUUACCAAGUGAGUUUGCCAAUGGUUUGUCUCCAACCCCUGCUAACAGUGGUGCUUUGGACUUGACAUCUAGUAACACUGAUAAAAUGAUUAAAGAAGAGUCCCUGAGUAUGCUCUUUCCUUUCAGAGAUAGAGGUAAAUUUAAAAACACCGCAUGUGACAUUUGUGGCAAAACAUUUGCUUGUCAGAGUGCCUUGGACAUUCAUUACAGAAGUCAUACCAAAGAGAGACCAUUUAUUUGCACAGUUUGCAAUCGUGGCUUUUCCACAAAGGGUAAUUUGAAGCAGCAUAUGUUGACACAUCAAAUGCGAGAUCUACCAUCACAGCUUUUUGAGCCCAACUCCAGUAUCGGCCCCAAUCAGAACUCUUCGGUUAUGCCUGCUAAUACACUGUCAUCGCUCAUAAAGACUGAGGUUAACGGGUUUGUGCACGGCUCUCCUCAGGACAGCAAGGAAGCACCCUCCAGUCUAGUAGCUUCGGGGCCACUGUCCUCUGCCACGUCUCCUGUGCUGCUCCCUGCUCUCCCCAGAAGAACUCCAAAACAGCACUACUGCAACACGUGUGGGAAAACAUUUUCUUCUUCCAGUGCUCUGCAGAUCCAUGAAAGGACACACACUGGUGAGAAACCUUUUGCCUGCACUAUAUGUGGAAGAGCAUUCACAACAAAAGGCAAUCUGAAGGUUCACAUGGGCACUCACAUGUGGAACAGUACUCCUGCAAGACGAGGCAGACGACUUUCUGUAGAUGGCCCCAUGACAUUUCUAGGAGGCAAUCCUGUAAAGUUCCCAGAAAUGUUUCAGAAGGAUUUGGCUGCGCGGUCAGGGAAUGGAGACCCGUCCAGCUUCUGGAACCAGUAUGCAGCUGCACUCUCCAACGGCUUAGCCAUGAAGACCAACGAGAUCUCCGUCAUCCAGAAUGGGGGCAUCCCUCCAGCACCGGGGGGCCUGGGCAACGGUGGCAGCUCUCCCAUCAGUGGCUUGACAGGAAGCCUGGAGAAGCUCCAGAAUUCAGAACCCAACGCACCUCUAGCUGGUCUGGAGAAAAUGGCAAGCAAUGAAAACGGGACUAACUUCCGUUUUACGCGUUUCGUGGAAGACAACAAAGAAAUUGUAACAAAUUAGAAGAAAACUCCAUCAAUAACAUUCCUGCAAAUAGUGCAACCUAGGGUUGUUUUUUCAAGCUGCAGGCUACAAAAUUACAAAGACUUUGUUUUGUACCAUGUUCUACUUCUAGAGUUCUAAGAGAGCUUAUUUAUUAGUGAUAUAACCUUGCUUUGCAAACAAAUGCAAGCAUUAACUUUGGUCUCCUGUAUUUUGAACUAAAUACUAAUCGACUAGAGUGCUGUAAACUUGCUGUAACAUUUAUGGCAGUUGCAAGUCUGUUCUGCUAGGUGAUCUUAUUCUGGCAUUAACUUAUUUUCUAUAUCCAGUUUAACAUGAACUCUGGUAUUGAUGCGAUGCCUCAGUGAUGCAUUAGAUCUCUAAUAAAAAUCUGUAUAUAAAUGUACACUUUGAUCCUGCUGGAAACUUUAUCAGCAAACACAUUGUUUAAUUUUUCCAAACAGAAUUAAGAAAAGGACUGAGAGAAUAUAGACUGAACAGUGUGGGUCCUUUACACAGCUCAGUUUUUGAUUUUUAUUAUAAAAUUAAAACUGCUUUAAUUUUUGUAGGUUUAACAUUUUCUGUUUUGAACUGUUAUUUGUAUUGUGCUUUUUACUUGAGUCGUCUUAAAUGUUAAUACACUUCUGUACAGUAAUAAGCACGCGGAUUAUUAGAGAAGAUACUGAAGUGUUGUUUUGGUAGUUGAAACUGAGACGUAACAUUUUGCCUUGUAGGUAUAUUCAUUAUAGAAAAUGUGCUGGACUUUCACAAUGCUGCUAAGUAUGGCAUCUUGAACAACUUCCGUGGACAACUGUAGAUGCUCCUGUAUAUACAAUAAGACAUCACUUUCAUUAAAAUGUACAUACGUUCCUUACAAGACCAAGCCCUACUCCUUGACCAAGGGAACAAGUAUAGUGUUUGUUUAUUUUGUAUUAGGCAUUGGGGGGACAGGGGGAACCUUGGACUGUUACAUGCACUUUCUCGGAAAGUUGAAAGGAAAAGAGGUCCAGUUUCUUUAACAUUUAAUACUUACUAACAGCAGAGAUACUGUAAUUUUACUCGAGUAAUCAAAUACAUUUUUGCAACAGAUAAAAAAUUCGCUGUCUCUGUGUUUUUAAGGUGUACCUGUAUUUAGUAAUCACUUUGUAUUAUUUAGCCUAUCCCUUGGUUAACAUGAACUGUCCAGGUUGUAUGUGCGUGUUUAUAUCUGUAAGUAUGGGUAUACAUAUAUGUAUUGCAUAUUAAUUGCUAGUAUAUUUUUCAUACCCCCUAAUAGUGGGAAAUAUCUCCUUAACUAUUCAACUCCUCCUUCUCAUAAAAUUGUAGAUAUUUUGGCAUUUUUAAUUUGUUUAUUAAAAAAAAUGCUGCUAGCAAAGACCUUAUUGAGCCUAGGUAAGUUUCCUUUGAAGGAAAUAAUUUAUUAUGUUUAAGGCUUGAUUCGGUUCAAAUGCUUUAUAUUUGAUAUUAAUUUUAUUUUAUGAGAUUGUAUGUUUGUGGCAUGCUUAUGCUGCUAUACCUGUGUUAAGAUGUCCACUUGCUAGCCUCCAUAUACUAUGUGGGGUUUAUAACUUGAUUGUAAAAAAAACCAAACCAAACAAAACCUAAUUGCUUUGGCCUUGCACAUGAUUUGGCUUCCCUUAAACACCUGCAAUGCUCAUUAACCUCAAUGGGAGUUUGUCAAACAUAAUUCAGCCCAAUAUUUUCACCCAGUAGAGUUUCAUCUCUUUACAUUACUUUUUAUGAAAAAUAAAUCAGAUUGGCUGCCUUCAAAUUAUGCCUUCAAAAACACCAACAGGCAUAGCCAAUUUUGUGUCCAUGUGAUUUUUUUUUUUCCUAUCCCCCCCCCCCCCCCUCCCCCGCAAUUCCAAGAUUCAGGUGUUUUGUGUUAUGGGAUUUUUUUUCAGGAUCACUGUGGGGGGAGUUGCCCACCUUUUUAAACAAGAAACAAUCACUUAGCUCUUUCUGUAGCUUGAGUCACAAAUUUGGUGUUGGAGAGGAUUUACAACUGAAGAGCUGGGGUGAGAAAUACUUUUCUUGAGGACUUUUCCCCUUCCUAUGAUUAUGAAUCCUGCGUAUUAACGCUGUAGUCUGGAUACCUCUUGGACUUCACGUCUUUAGGACUUUUCCUGUUCGAAUGUGAUGAUUCACCUGGUACAUGAUAUGCGUUUUUGUUAACGUGUAAGUUGUACGCUAGAGCCCGCUGGCUUGUCAAUGUGAAUAUUUAAGAAUUUUAAGUCACCUUUCGGUCUCAGAAAAAGGUAAAUUAAAAGGAUUUUGAUGAUUUUA